AUGGUAAAAAAAAAGAGUAACGUAUGGAAACAUUGGACAAUUCUUGCAAGAAAUCUAACUGAAAAUCAAGAUGAUCAAACUGAAGAGCAAAUCGAAGACCAAGUUGAAAACCAGACUGAAACUCAAGCUAAAGAUCAAAUUGAAGAUAAUAAGCCGCAUCCCUGUGUAAAAUGCAAAUAUUGCCCAAAAAUCUUUGAACGAGGAAUUGCUACUCGAAUGCAAGCACAUCUUGAUGCUACUUCUAGUACAUCUGUACCUAGUUCUAAUGCUUCUCGUGUUCAAAAAUGGUUAAAAACUAUACCUAUUAGUAAUUUUGCUGAUAUGUA